UUGUAUUCUAGCAUUCACCUGUGCAUCGGGUGCCUGUUUCGCAGCUCUAAUAACGUAAUGGCGGACGAAAAGCAUGAAGAUCCAGGCCUACACCAGGAUGUCAAUGAGACUGCCGAAAGUGCGGACCUGCCCGACGCAGGAACUGAAAUUAAAAAGUCUCCAUCCCAAUUGCCCGAGCUCUCUAGUGCCUUUAUGGAUGACAUUGACGGUUUAAAAAGAAGGAUCUUGGAACUUGAAGCACUCCAAGCUGAGGCGAGUGGUGAACAUGUCGAAAGGCAGGAGAAAGAUUCUCAAACACUUGCUGAAAUCGAGCGGUAUAAACGGAUGGAAUCAUGUCUUUACAACCAUCGGAAAGAGUGGGAAAUGAGCGGUGGGCCCGGCACUUGGUGGGGAACGACGGACGCGACACGCAGAGUAGUCGGCAUCGGCGAACACGGCGAAUACGGCGAACAUGAAUGGACCAUGCAUCAUCCAUUUCUACAUCAAGAUCACUAUUACACUAGGCCGAAUGUGUUUGAUGCGGAUCAUGAUUGUAAUCCUCCCAUAAACAAAUGGCCCGGUGGUAAGGAUGAGUAUGACAGGUAUGACAGCAUAAUCGACUGGGGAAACCGUCGAGACAGGUUACGGAAGAAUUUCGAAUGGCAGAUGGACCGACUGUUUCUAGAUGAGGAGCUCCAGAUGAGAAGGCAAGGAAAAUUCAGGGCUUCUAUGAAGAAGAAAGAGCCGGAUGCCCAAGUGGGAGAUCAGAAGAAAGAGCCGAUGGAGCGACGCAUGGCUGAAGCUGAUGGCCAAUUGGCAGAUCAGAGUACUGACAAGAAAGCCGCAUCUGACCAUGAGGAUACCGACGAGGAUGUAGAAUCUGAGAGUUCAUUUGGAGUUGCUAAGCUGAACUGGACGGAAUGGUCCCAAUUCACGCAACUGCGAUACUUAGACGAAUGGGAGGCAUGUGUGGUUGAUGUUCUCAUCGGAGAUCCUAUCAUCGAUGACGAUGCUACCGUUAAUCGACUUUGGUUUGGGUAUUCGGGACACAGAGCGAACAAAAGUUCAGCCAAAACUAGGGGUCAGAAGCCAUUUGAUCCUAUGAAACCAGGACAAUCGCCUUUGCCGGAGAGAAUCCGAAUUCAAUCCACUAUUCUUCUACGCAUCCUUUCUACUAUAAUCGGCCCCGAAUACGGGGGUUACCUAGGUUCAGAAGACGCGGCUGCUAUCAUAAUCCGUCCAUUCAAAGCAUUGGCCUUUACGGAGCAAGCAUUAAGACAUUGGUGCACUGCGCUUGAAAAGAAACUGGGAAAGAACUCGACAUUUCAAGACCAGAUCCCGGCUGUCGACUUGUCUAGUGCGGAUGUCGAAUCAGAACAGGGCACUGAUUGGAGCAAACAUAGCAAAUCAAAUGCAGAUCUCGAUGACAAUGGCACGAGAAAUCCAGCCGAUCCUCUUACCAUCAACCUGGAGACAAAGACGGAAGCAAGGGAACAGCAGACGGCGGAUCUUCAUCAGGUUGCCGACCAAUUGCGAGUUUCGGACGAUGAACAGACUCCAACCCAGGGGAAUGUCGAGAUAUCGGAUGUUACAACAUCAUCGGUCGCACUAGAUCACUUAAAGUGUCUUCUCAAAUUUAUAGAUUCCAGCGUUGUAGCCAAACGCGAGUAUCUUGACGGUCCGCAAUGUCGAAAGGUUUUCUUCUCCGACCUGUGGCAUCUAUUUCGUCCUGGGAUUGAAGUCAUAGACAGGGAAGGAAAGCAGGCUUAUAAAGUCAUUGGUGUGAAGAGUGCUAAGCACCGUGUCACUCGGGCCUGGGAAAGAUGGUCAUCAGAUAACCCACGAAACCCGCAGAAACAAGAGUCGCCUUUCAGCGUUAAAUGUGUAUACAUUGAUUUCGAUGGUAAGAAUAUCGGACCAGUCAUGAAAACUUUCGAGUUCAAGCGAUUUGAUAGCGAGAGAGAGAUAACUUCUUUCGAGAUCUAUCCCCUGCGCCUGCAUGUUCCCGGACCUUCAGAAUACAGCGAUGUGGAGUGGCGACAUGUACAGAAAUACCCCAUCGAGGAGCGAUAUCGGCAGAAACUAAUACUUCGAGGGGCAAAGUUUCUUGACGCUGCUGGAGUGAAGCAUAUGUAUUACGCCGGACCUACUCUAGAAGCCAAAGAAGAGGUGGAAAGCCCGGUUGUUGUUGAUUUCGAAACGGCCUUUACUACUCGCAAAGAUCUACCACCUCCACGAGCGCCUGUGGGAGGUUGGAGAAAUCGCGAAGAAGCAGAGAUCGCCGAACGCGAACACAUGCAGCAACAGUGGAAGCCUGUGUUGAUCACCUUGAUAGGAUCGGUCGUAUUUGAAGAAAGCGAUUUGACAUCCAGUCGCACAACGGAUUGCCAAGGCGAUUGUUGCCGAAAUGAAUAUGUACACGAUGAUCAGUUCGUUGAUCAGAAGCAGAGUACGGACUAUGUCAACAGCCUCCUUCCCAACGAAAGCAAUUUAGACGAACAGCCUCCAAUCACGAUAAUACCGCGUCCUCUCAAAGAGCUGCAGACCGGUUCGUCGAAGAGCAUCACAUGCCCAGAAAGUGAGAUGGUGAUCAUGUCGUAUCGCGUGUUUGGUUUCGUUCUCCGGAGUCGCAAGUGGGCCAAACUCGAUUUAUCAUAUUUGAACGAUGUUGCAUUACCCAAGUUUCCUCCAUCUACCAAUACGAACGUAGAGCUUAACUUAAAAACUGUCAAACAAAAGGAUGAAGACACUUCCCUGACGCUAAAUCGUCUGGUGCUCGAAAAAGGGCAUCACUCUAUGAUAGUAUCACUGAUUGCUCAACACUUCCGGGACAAAAGGUCAACUACGGGCCAGAGAGAGGAGUUUGACUUGGUCAAAGGAAAGGGAAAGGGACUGAUCAUCCUUCUUCACGGUGCCCCGGGAGUGGGCAAAACUUCCACCGCGGAGGGGGUUGCGGAGAUGUUUGAAAAACCUCUUUUCCAAAUUACAUGCGGAGAUCUCGGAACAACUGCUGCGGAAGUCGAAGUAGCGCUAGAGAGUACCUUCUCGCUGGCGAACAAGUGGGACUGUAUUUUACUUCUAGAUGAGGCAGAUGUCUUCCUCGCUGAGAGAACCAAAGAAGACUUCAAGAGAAACGGGCUCGUUGCAGUGUUCCUUCGGCUUAUGGAGUAUUACUCUGGUAUUCUCUUCUUGACAACUAACCGCGUUGGCGACUUUGACGAAGCUUUCACGUCGAGAAUUCACGUCAGUCUGUUUUACCCGGAACUGAAUGAAGACAAGACAGUCAAGGUAUUCAAAAUUAACAUGGAUAUGAUUGAGGAGCGCUUUAGAAGAAAACAGCGCGUGAUCAACAUUGAUCGAAUGGAGAUUGGUAGCUUUGCAGGGAAAUACUUCGCCGAGUAUCCCAACGCUCGAUGGAACGGGCGGCAGAUACGAAAUGCCUGCCAGACCGCCUUAGCCCUCGCAGAGUUCGAGGCUCAAGAUGGAAGCUUGGAAGACACAGAGAACUCUGACAAGCCGGUGACUUUGACUGUUGAGCAUUUCACGAUUGUGAGAGACGCAUAUCUGGAAUUCACCAAAUACAUGCACAACUUGUACGGUACGACAUCUGCGCGACGAGCAAAGGAAUCAAGAUUGCGAGCUGUAUGGGUUGACGAAAACAACAAUUUAAUUGACGCAGCGAGUAUGGGUGGUCCAAGGGACAAGAAAAAUGCGUUCUUGCGUGCCUCACAGAGUCAAGCACCUCGGCCCAUGGGUCAAACGCCACAGCAGAGUUUUCAGCAACAGCAACAGCCGCAGCAACCAUCCUACUCACCAAAUUUUGUUGGUGGCUACCAACAACCUGAUCAGCAGCAGCAGCAGCAAUACCAGAGUCAGAUGCCGAACCAGGCAUUUGGCGGAAACCAACCACAAUUUGCCAACCCUCCUUCUGGAUAUCCUCAACGAGAAUCAUACCCCGUGAACCAGAAUCGGAACAAUCAGAGUCCAGGACCGUAUUUUCUAGGUUCUCAGCCUUCUAUGCAACACUCUGCUAGUGGAUCCCCGUUCGAGCAGCCAUUGCAACACAAUGAUCCGAAUGUACAUGGCUGA